GAGCAGCGACAGCGACAUGUGGGCUUGAGGUCGAUGGCAGAGCAUGGCCUCGCUCACCACCAUCAUCUACAAGUCCUCCUCCCCCUGCUCUUCCUCCUCCUCCCCUCCAUGUUCGCCCACCAUCACUACUAGUUCACCGCGCUUGCAGUGCCCUCCCCCCCCCCCCCCGGUCCUCUGCUCCUUCCAUGGCUCUCUCCGCAUUCUCCUUCCCCUGCCAUUUCCUCGGCGCAGCUCCCUCCUUCACUGAUCUCCAACACCAGCAGCCCCAGCCCACAAGAGUUCUCAAGCCGAAGAAAAGGGCCUGUGUUUGUGCAUCGCUAUCAGAGACCGGGGAGUAUCAUUCACAGAGACCGCCAACUCCACUCCUCGACACCGUCAACUUCCCCAUCCACAUGAAGAAUCUCUCGGUCCGGGAGCUGAAGCAACUCGCCGACGAGCUCCGCUCUGAUAUCAUCUUCAACGUGUCUAGGACCGGCGGUCACCUCGGUUCCAGCCUCGGCGUGGUCGAGCUCACCGUCGCGCUCCACUACGUCUUCAACGCUCCGCAGGACAAGAUCCUUUGGGAUGUCGGCCACCAGUCGUAUCCUCACAAGAUAUUGACGGGAAGGAGAGACAAGAUGGCGACAAUGAGGCAGACGAAUGGCUUGUCCGGGUUCACCAAGCGGUCGGAGAGCGAGUACGACUGCUUCGGUGCCGGCCACAGCUCGACCAGCAUAUCGGCAGCCCUCGGGAUGGCAGUCGGAAGGGAUCUGAAGGGGAGAAAGAACAACGUAGUGGCAGUGAUUGGGGACGGAGCCAUGACCGCGGGGCAAGCUUAUGAGGCCAUGAACAAUGCUGGCUAUCUCGACUCCGACAUGAUUGUGAUCUUGAAUGACAACAAGCAGGUCUCUCUGCCCACUGCAACUCUUGAUGGCCCUGUUCCUCCAGUUGGAGCUCUGAGCAGUGCCCUUAGCAGACUGCAGUCCUCCAAGCCACUCAGGGAACUGAGGGAGGUCGCUAAGGGAGUCACAAAGCAGAUCGGUGGAUCCAUGCACGAAAUAGCUGCCAAAGUCGACGAAUACGCUCGAGGAAUGAUCGGUGGAUCAGGGUCGACCUUGUUCGAAGAGCUCGGUCUCUACUACAUCGGUCCUGUCGAUGGGCACAACAUAGAUGACCUGGUCGCCAUUCUCAAGGACGUGAAGAGCACCAAGACGACAGGCCCUGUUCUCAUCCAUGUCGUGACCGAGAAGGGACGAGGGUAUCCCUACGCCGAGAAAGCUGCAGACAAGUAUCAUGGUGUCGCCAAAUUCGAUCCAGCGACAGGGAAGCAAUUCAAAUCGGGCUCCAAGACGCAGUCUUACACGAACUACUUCGCGGAGGCGUUGAUUGCCGAGGCGGAGGUGGACGAAGGCAUCGUCGCGAUCCACGCGGCCAUGGGAGGAGGAACAGGGCUCAACUACUUCCUUCGCUGCUACCCGACGAGGUGCUUCGACGUGGGGAUCGCGGAGCAGCACGCGGUCACGUUUGCGGCAGGGCUCGCCUGCGAAGGCCUCAAGCCAUUCUGCGCGAUCUACUCCUCGUUCCUGCAGCGGGCUUACGACCAGGUGAUACACGACGUGGACUUGCAGAAGCUGCCGGUGAGGUUCGCGAUGGAUCGGGCGGGACUCGUCGGAGCGGACGGGCCGACUCACUGCGGCUCCUUCGAUGUCACCUACAUGGCUUGCCUACCGAACAUGGUGGUCAUGGCGCCCUCCGACGAAGCGGAGCUGUUCCACAUGGUGGCCACCGCGGCGGCCAUCGACGACCGGCCUUCCUGCUUCCGGUACCCCAGGGGCAACGGCAUCGGUGUUCCGCUUCCCCCCGGAAACAAGGGUAUUCCACUUGAGGUGGGGAAAGGGAGGAUACUGAAGGAGGGGGAGAGGGUGGCUCUUCUGGGAUACGGAACAGCAGUUCAAAGCUGCUUGGCCGCGGCAUCGCUGCUGGAGGAACGCGGCCUAAAGAUCACCGUCGCCGACGCACGGUUCUGCAAGCCACUCGACCGGAGCCUGAUCCGAAACCUGGCGAGGUCGCACGAGGUGCUCCUCACCGUGGAAGAAGGAUCCAUCGGCGGUUUCGGCUCCCACGUCGUCCAGUUCUUGGCCCUCGACGGCCUCCUCGACGGCACCCUCAAGUGGCGGCCGCUGGUUCUCCCGGAUCGGUACAUCGACCAUGGAUCGCCGCGCGAUCAGCUGGCGGAAGCUGGACUGACGCCGUCUCAUAUCGCAGCGACUGUGCUCAACAUCCUCGGACAGACGCGAGAGGCACUCGAGAUCAUGUCUUAGGGGAAAGCAUACGAAGAGCAACUCCUUGUAGCUUCUUCCUCCUCUAACGUGCAUUGUAGAGAGAGUAUAUAGUCCAUGUGUACAUUAAUACUGUAGUAUAUUAAACAGCCUAUAAAACAUGAAAUUUAUGGGUUGAAUAGUGCAUCUAAUAAUUUGAUGUGUCA